AUGAACAUUAGCACAAGGCUUCCCUUCGGGAACGUCUUCACUGACCACAUGCUGACCGUAGAGUGGAGUGCGAGGGAGGCUCCGCUCAUCGAGCCCUUCGGAAAUCUGUCACUCCACCCGGCCUGCUCGUCACUACACUAUUCACGCCAGCUGUUUGAAGGGUUGAAGGCCCUCCGUCUCUUCACGAUGCUCAGCACGAACCGCGUGUCCGGCACUGCUAAGAGAGCUGUUCUGGAGUUUCUGGAGUGCAUCAGGCGACUGGUGCAGAUCGACCAGGACUGGGUUCCUCACUCCGACUCAGCCACUCUGCACAUCAGACCGACAUUUCUUGGCACUGAGCAAUCUCUGGAACUGAAGAGGGCGGCCAGCGCCUUGCUGUAUGACAGUGAGACCGAAUAUCUGUCCUUGUUGGCUGAUCCAAAACACACUCGGGCCUGGAAGGGAGGGACAGGUAACUACAAGAUGGGAGGAAGCUACGGAUGUUCUUUGUUCGCCCAGUAUGAAGCAAAGGCUCAUGGGUGCCAGCAGGUGCUGUGGCUGUACCCCGUACAGGACCAGCAGAUCACAGAGGCAGGAACCAUGAACAUCUUCCUGCACUGGAUCAAUGAGGAUGGACGUCAGUUGCAUUACCCGAACCACACUUGUUUUGCUUCAUCACAAUUCCUGUGGUGCCUCUGUGCACAGCGGGAGUUUAAGGUGUCAGAGGGCUACCUGACCACGAGCCAGCUGUGCUCUGCUCUGAGGCAGCUGCGGGUCAAAGAGGUAUUUGGCUCAGGUACUGCCUGCGUGAUCCGUCCAAUCGGACACAUUGUUUACCAGGCCAAGAACUUGCAUAUCCACUGCCAGGAUAAAACCUCAACGUUGGCUCCACGGAUAGCUAAGGACCUCGCAGAUAUACAGUACGGUUGCACGCCCAGCGACUGGACCCUGCUGGUGUAGCGGUGAAGAAGAGGCCCGAAGCAGCGAUCACCGUAGGAUGCAGCUGUGGCUCGGACUAAACAUGAGAGGAGAAAAGACAUUUCAGAUGCUAUAGAGGAUUUCACAUCACGUGUAAGAGAACUAAUUCAACUAUUCAAUCAACCUUCUCUUUGUGUGUAAACAUUGGGCUGUCUCUAAGUUUUACAAUGUUUAGAAAGGUGGUGCAAAGACAGUUUUACCGAGGGAAAUGUUCUUUUAAUUUUUCGUUUGUAUAUUUAUUGUGUAAUAAAUUUUAAUUAGUCAUGUGGUCAACAAGAAUAUUUUAAUCGAGAAUCCGCAGCCAGGGCAAGAGGUGCAACGCAGAACUGUAAUGAACGUACAACAGUUCUUCACUAAGAUUACCGAUCUGUGUUUAACUAUAAAUAAACGACAAGAGCUGACCAGCGUGCAUUUGAACUCAUCAUAAAGGAGGUUCCAGCUCAUUUGAGCCUCUGGAGGUUUCCACCACGACCGAGGACUUUUCCCCCAGAAGCAUGCUUGGAUUUGGAGCAGAGGAACCAGGAGCUGAGUUUGGUUCCUGUGUCACAGUUCCACGUGCAAUAAGAGUCCCCACUCAGAGGCCUACUUAAAAAGGUCCGGGACCUGUGUGUCAGGCUCUGCAGAGCGUCUCCACAAUCCUUAAUGAUGCUGAGGAGUGCAAGUGUUUUCCUGCCGCCCUCACGCACACACACACACACACACACACACACACAAACCGUAGAGAACCUGGAACCGAACCAGAGUCAUCAGCAUAAUGGAGUCAUAACAGAGAGCCAUCACAGCGGAGAGCCCACGCCUCUUUCGCUCCUCACAUGCAUGUACACACACACACACACACACACACACACACACACACACACACACACAUAUACAUACAUACAUGUCAGUAUAGACUGUAAUAAAAAUAAAACCUCCGGAAUCUGUGUCCACUCCGAAGUUCAUGCCUCAUUAACUGAGGUCUUGUCUGUAUUUCUGCCACUGUGCUUGCAAUGGACGUCCAUAUGUGUGUGUUUGUGUACAAGGGGGUGCCCAUUUGCAUGCUGGAUGAUUUUUGGCUCUUUGUGAAGACAUCUCAUUUUGGCUUAAGCUCUUUUCUUGUGCACAGUUGCACAGCUGGUGUAGAGCGCGCGCACGCACACACACACACACACACACACACACAUAUAUAGCUAUCAGGAAAAACACAUAGGCCUACUUCAAAAUGCCAAACACCAUGUAGCCCGCUUAAUCUAGGCCACUGGUGAAAUUACCACAGCAUGGAUAUCAAUGUCUGGAUUCCUUUUUUUUUUUUUUUUUUGCCUUUUCUUCUAUUUAAAUUAAAGUCCCCCUCUCCCUCAUUUACUCACAGGGCUCAUUAAAAAGACAUCUUAUCGAGUUUAAGGGACAAAUAGACAGGUGAGGACACAGUUGCAUGGCAGUUUAAGGGCUGGUUGAACAUUUGCUUUAUGGUUGAUGAAUGCUGAUUGAUAGGUCAAGGAACACACAGCGUCUGAUCCUCUGUGGUUUUAGCAAUCAUGACAACACUCUCUUAGAGUAUUUUUAAUGUCACACUACACAGCAUACCACCGGCAGCCUCAAAGCAAGUAAGUCAGCCCUGUAAGGAGAGAAGAUUACUACGUCUUCAGCAUACGUCAGAUGGUUAAAAAGACCUUCCCUGCCCUACACUCCCUGUAUUCAACCUGUUAGAGAGAUCUUCCACAUACAGAUUGAAAAGCAGGGGGAAGCAGGUAACUGCAUUCCACCUUGUCAGACGCCGUUGGUCACCGGGAGUGGUGCAGAUACACUAGUGUCUAGUCUGCCUAGUUUGAUGCAAAUACCAAAAAUGCAAAACACUUCAGAUAUGGAGGGACACACCUCACACUUUUAGUUCGACAGACUAUUUACAAGGAUUAAUUCGAUCAGAAGCUUUAGAUGCGUCUGCCUGUUCAAUGCCAGUUUCUAAAUAACACUCGGAUCUUCAUCAGGUCUAAUAAACACCAGCAUCAUGAGGAACCUCAGUAAUAUUGAAUGAAUCUGAAUUUUCUUAAUGAAAAUGAAUGUUUACUCCACGGAUCUGCAAUACUUAAUGUUAUUUGCAACCAUAACUUCUUUCCAGAAAGACAUUAUUCUGCUGAAAAUAUUGGGCCAUGGAGUUUGACCUCAUGGCCUCCUCAUUCGUUUAAAAAAAGGCGCACUGCAUACAAUGGUAGUGGUCUCCAAUUGUACUGAAUUCUUUGUUAUCCUGCCUACAUCAUCAUUUGCUUACUACUAUAUUUAUCAGCGAAUCUGCUUACUUUGGUUUACGGUCCCAGAGAGCGAGUACUUCUAGAGACUCUUUUUUUGUUGUUAGCCGAGGCAACAAAACGUGCCCAACGUGUUAAAGGAAUUAUUCGGCCUCAAAAUGACUGUCUACUAACAGAAAGUCACCCCCAAUUAAUACAGGGUAUUGGCUCACGUUCAAUUCAACAGAUUCACCUAAUGAACUAGGAAAUUGUUGUAAUAGGUCUAUGGAGAACUGCCAAGCUUUGUAGCACCAUAAAACAGUUUUUCAUCUGAAUACAGGACAGUAAAUCCACACAAUGUUUCAGGAGAAAUACAUUUCUUCUUAAUCCUGAUGGUCUUGUAUUACAGCCUCGUCUCAUUCCCGGGCCAAUUUCUAAUGAAUGUUGUAAUCCGGUGAUUUAAAGCCUUUAUGAUGUGAACUGUGUCUUACAUGGUUGUUUUCUUUGUUCCAUCUCUCAUACAUGCACAUCCAAACAUAUAUAAAUGUACACCAGUUCAAUUUAUCAAUCUUUAUUAGCCCAAUUGUCCGGUAGGCUACAUAUUUGCCAAAUGAUACAUCUCCCUCCUUUCCUCCCAGCUCGUAGUAUUCUUCCCUCCAGCUCCUCCAUCACUUUUAUUCUUUCUCUCCCCCCCCAGGAAGCAGGGACCCCGACACGCCGCUCCCAUUGAGCCAGAGGACGCCGAUGAUGUUUUAAUUGUCACUUCUUGUUAAGGCGGCCUUGACAUUCACGCGGGGGACAGAGGGAAGGGCGGUCGGCGUAAUCAGAGGAAAUGGAGAGAAAGACGGAGAGGGGAGGAGAGAGAGACGAAGAGGGAGAGAGAGAGAGAGAGAGAGAGAGAGAUGGCACCCAUUCAGCUACUAAGAGUGGUGUUUGGCUCUGAGCAGUGUGCCUCCUUCCCUCUCUUCCCUCUCUCUCACCCCGCCGGGGCAUGAUCUGAUUUGACAAGCGCAACGCUGUCAUCUUGAGUUUGUCCAAUUUGAAAUUCUAAUUAAUGAACUCGGCGCCACUUUGUGUCCUUUUUUUUGUCGUUGUUGUGCUCUUCCUGCUCUUCUCCUUCCUUCCCAGGCCAGUUUGUCUUCUAUUUGUCUUUUCUUUACCCUUCCUUCGCUCCUCAAGUCUUCGUCGGAGGCGGAGGGCCGCUCCGGGUGAGAUGGUGGUCUCACACCAUAACAGAUGAUAUCAGUGGCUGUGGGUCACCCAAUUAUAAUCAAACUGUGUUUGUGUGCUUGGUGGGUGCUAUGUGUUUGCAUCUGUGUGUCUCCGUCUUCUGUUUCUAUCAGAAUCCCUGAUGAGGAGGCACAAGUGUGGGGGGGGGGGGGGUGUUAGCUGCUGAUGCUGAAGGCCAGCGGGGUGGUCAGUCUGGGUCUCCAAAGCUUCACACGUUUACUGAAUACACUCAGAGGAAACAGAACCAUGCGUGAGAAGUCAACACGUGUCCGGAAAGUCAAGUCAAUGGAUCGUUAGAAAAAAAACAGGGAUCCGGUGUCUCGGUGUCGCCAAUAGCCCCCAAAACCAACCCUUGUGUCCUAGAAAGGAGAGAGGACAUGUUUGAUGUUGUAACUGAACGGAUCUGCACAACCUUCACUGGUAACAUUGACAUUUUGUCAACCUUAUUAAAUCUAAACGUUCAAUAUAACAUCCACUCGCAGCAAACUUUAUUCAUAUUUUCUGAGAUUAUACAUUGGUUAUUUAAAACGGAAAAAAAGGUGACUUAAAGUGUUUGCUUAAAAAGAAAGAAGCAUUGUCUUCAUUUUUUGUAGCCAUCCAACCCAAAGCACGUCCCUUCUACUUCUACAGAUCAACAGCGGGGAAAACGCUGCAGGUUAACAUACUUUAAUCCAGGCAGCAAAUGGAGAGGCAGAGAAUCAAAUCAUAGACAUAUUUAUGUACUACCUUGCAGGCUGCGUGGACACAUGCGUGUUGUGUUUCCCCUCCUUCCUUCCUUCCUUCCUUCCUUCCUUCAAUGCUUUUUAAAAAUUUGCUUCAGGAACCUUUUUAGGGUCAAACCGUCUCCUAAACCGCACAACCCCGCUCAAUAGAACUCAAAGGGAAGUUUUGGCUCUCAUCAUCAGCAGGUGGUGCUAGCAGCCUACAAACCAUAGACCUCAACAAAGCUCUGCUUUAGGACGGCGGGGGAUGUGGGAGGGGGGGGGGACAGAAAAAGAGAAAAAGGGGCAAUGGAAUUUUUGGAGGCCUGCCAAUCAUGAUGAAAAACCGCUGCAGAACUAAUCUAUUUCCACGCCCGUCCUAAUCCCCCAACACAACGGUGGCAUCGUUUAAUCACAAAAUCAUCACCGCCAUCACCAUCACCACCAUCAUCCUCUUCCUCUCCCUCCGCUGCAUUAAUAAAAAAAUGUAUUUUAUUUUUUGUAAAUAAGAGCUUGUGAUUAAGAGCAGAUUAGUGCGCGCCUUCAGACGGACGGACAGAUCGUGAUGGGUUUUGUUAACACGAGAGUAACACUGGGUGUCAGUUGUGUGUGCCUGACACUACAUCAACGUUAUCCCCCCGCCGCUCAUGUUAUCGCUCUUGGCUUAGAGUUUUAGGGGACUUUUUAACAGCAGCGCUGCUUAAGAGCUUAGAUUAAAUGGAUGGAUGGAUGGAUAGAUGGACGGAUGAAGAUCAGGCGUACACACAUGCACAGAGAGAUCAGUGUCACUCACACAGCUUCAGAGGAAAAGCCCGAUUUGCUUUGUGGUAAAAGCUGUUUUAUUUCUCGUCAGUGUUGUAAUGGAGACGCUGUGCUGUCACACACCACUUGAAGUCUCAUUUUGUGCCGAGGACGAGGAGAAUCUGUAUUCACCUCAGCCUGUGCAAUUUGCGGCUGAUUUUAUUGGGGUCAGGUUUUUGUGGUUGAAUGGAGUGACAAAUGCGCAUAUUUAUUAUACGUAUGUUGAUCAUAGUCUUUGUAUUUAAAGGGUGACAGAGAAAGUGUUUGUUUUCCUAACAUUGUACCUCUUCCAAAUCUGAGAACGGUCAGUGAGCAUAUUUUAGGGACUGUAUGCAAAUUGUUAGAGGGCGCAGGGGACUGAGUGAGACGGAAGAGAAGUAAAUAGAGAAUAGUUAACAUAUUCAGCAGAGGCAUCCUUUUUGAUGUUAUUAUUAUUCGUGGAAAUAGCUGAUUGCACCUAUGUGUGCCUUUUGGUGUCUCUGUGAAAAUGGCAUUCCAUUGACAUAUUAAGGUUCAAAUCCUUUGUGAACUUUUGAGGGGCAAGGUGAUACAUAUUUUCUCUUAUUCAAGGAUACAAAUGCAAUGAUCCUUAAAAAGUGAAACAUCAUUUUCCGCCCCCCCCCCCAUCGCCACCCGGAUCAUUUUUAUACAGUCUCUCACUGCUCAAGAUUGAUGCCUUCUUUCUUUUUUUGUGCCAUAAAGCAGCCGAGCAGAUUUUUCAAAUAAAAUUAGACAAGAUGACUCACAACAUAAGAUGCAGAGUGGAGGAUGCCAAUCUUCUUGCCAAUGCGGUUUGUUCAUGAUUAUUCUAACAAUGUCUGAAAAUUGAAAUGGAAAUGAUUUUAUUUUUAGAUAAACAAAGCACGGUUAGUAUAAAAACCUCUUUGUGCUUUUGCUUCCAGUCCCUGUGGGUGGAGCAUGUACUUUAUUUUGCAGGUGGGCACAUUUUGUCUUGGAAUGCAGGACACCUACUUAUUAUUCAGUGGUGUGCUGAAUAUUCCAGUGUGUCUGUGUGUGUAGGUGUAGGUGUGUGUGUGUGUGUGUGUGUAUCAAAAGGAGACGUUGGUCCUGACUGUGAGUAAUGUUCUCCAGGCCUGGCGGCUGGCAAUGCUCUGUCUCCCUGCAGGUGGGAGUGAGUCACGCACACACGCACACAGACACCAACACACUCUAGCACGCACAAGCAGUGCCACCCGUUUCAUGCUGACCACCUCGCUGUGCCAGCCCAGCGACCAUGGUGGCCAACUGGCCAUUGAACAACAACUGUCUGUCUGUCUGUGUGUCUGCAGAGCAACAACACAUACCACCACAGCAGCUAGAGAGAGGUUGCCUCACACACACGCACACAGUCAUUGUCUCUCAUUACUCACACAAGUCUGGCACAUCUCUGUCAAAUGCCAACUCACAUUAAGGUGGAGAGAAGGUGCCUCUCUCUACUCUGUUUAUUUGUACUCUCUGUCUUUAUAUUUAUUUCUUCUCAAACGUUAAAUUCAAGCUGCUCUACUGUACAGAUCUGAUCCAUCGGAAGGCAUUACUGCAACAAACAUAUCCCAUCGUCCCAAUGUCAGAGACAGUAUUUUGCUUUUAGGAUUUUUAUAUUUCUUUCCUAUCAGCGUUGGGCAAUAAGACAUGUUAUGUUAUUCUUCUUCUCAUGUAAAUACUUUGUAAACACUCAUGCACUCAUGUAAACACUGUAUUUAGAAUGCUUUGUCACUUAAUAUAGGAUAUUCAUAUGAAUAUAAAUACUUGUGAUGCGAUGAUGUCUGGGUGAUUUGUACUGUAACACUGUGGGAUUGUAAAGGCCUCACAAAUCAUCCACAUAAUAACACUUACCUGAUGGGUCUAUCCAUCAACUUGUUGGAGAGACGGCUGUUUGUGUGACGUCCUUUUCCAUCAUUUGCUAAUCAAAUAUCAUAAUUUGCCGCAGCCUAUUAUUGAAAUAUGUCUGCCGGUAUUUGUAUCACUCCAUCGCGGUUGAGUAAAUGACGAUGUGACAGGCAUAACCCACCAUACAUGGCUCACUGUGUGUGCGUGUGUGUGUAUUUAAGUGUCCUUUAAUGAUGUUCUGUGGAAUCGGCGAUGUAUGGUUGCCUCUGGGCGCAGAUAAAACAGUUAAACACAGUAAUUGCCAUUUACUCUCAGCUGAGCUUGCGUUCCCAUGAGAGAGCACAGCGCUGAUUGGGAACCACACACGCACAAACCCACGCACACACAACCAUAUCUUAUACUGGAGGAUUUCCUUUUCAGCAGCACAUCUUCUGUCCUGGUUCUGUAAGCUAUUGUCCUGAAUGUAAAACUUGCUGCUGCCACACCACUCUGUGUGUGUGUGUGUGUGUGUGUCCAUCUGUGUCCAAAGUCUCGCAACCAUCAUCAAUAUUACACUCUGCCCCGGGGCAGCUGAAGGGUUCUGCUUCACUUUACUCCUGGCCCUCUUUUCUCCCCCUCGUUCUCUUUAAAAUAAGGGUGGAGGUCUAUUCUCCUUUAUUUUUUCCACAAAUCAUUUCUUUUCUAUUUUAAUAUCAAGCCUGUUUGUUGACUUUUGCAGCAUAUUAAAGACAGCUUUGACUUAGAA